CUGAGUGCAGCUCCGCUGUGCAGCACAAGGAGCCCGGUGGAGGAGAAACGCAGUGAAGGCGAAGGGGCCGGGGGCCGGGGGGACGAGUAGGAUUGAGAGAGAGGCAGGGAGGGAGGGGAUAGAGAAAGAGAAAUGUUGAAUGUGGAAGGGGAGGAAGAGAGCAGCGGCACGAUCGGACGAGUAGUGGGGAACGAGGAGAGGGAAGGAAGGAAGGAAGGGAAGGAAGGACGGGAGAGGAGUUGUGAGAGCCGGGAGAGAGUGGCGAGGGGAAAGGGCUUCUGGUUUCACGGGGGAGUUGCGACGAUGUGUGGGGAGGAGCCGGCCUGACACAGAUGCACAGUUCACACUUCUAGCGCCAGGGGAGGCGGAGGGAAGGGAGGGAGGGAAGGAGGAGGAAGCUUUCUUUUCGGACUUUCUUCGAGUCCAUGUUACCACUUUUCUCGUAGGUUGCCUUCGGUUCUUGCAGUCGCUCUGAGUCAGUGCAGGCAGGUAGGCAGGCAGGCGGGCAAGCGAGCGAGCUUCCGAGCUAGCUAGCCAGCAUUUGUUCCUCGUCUGCGAAGGAGCUCGAUUUUUGUUCUCUGCUCUUUGCUCGCUCGCUGUCAUUCAUAUCAUUCGUGUACUCGCUCGCUCGUUCACCUCUUCGUACAUUCGUCCGCUCUUUCGUUGCGGUCGUUCUCAUUGUUGUUGUUCCCCGGAUGUAGAGGCAUAGAGAGAGUGGGAGAGGGAGAGGGAGAGGGAGAGGGAGAGAGGGGACGGCAUUGUACGUAGGAAGGAAGGAAGGACGGAAGGAAGGGGAAGGUUCGAUGAGAGGUGAACGAGGGGGAAACAGGAUGGGGAAGAGGAAUGAGGCAGGGCGGGGGGGCCAAUGAGUGGUGCGGUGUCGAAAGGAGGAUGGGGAGAUUGGAUGGUGUGUGUGGAAAUAAUGAGCAUGCAAUGCGUGGAUGUGCUGCCGAAGCAUUCUUGAUGCCUCGAAAUUGGAGGAUGUCGUCGGGAGUGUGAGGAGUUAGAGCGUCCAAGUGCAGGAAGAAUGGCGGACUCGUUGCAGGGUAGUCUAGAGGAAGAUGACAGCCUACUGGAUGCGUUGCUUUACAACAAUGGAAAGCAGAACUUGGACCUGCAGGCGCUGGCGCUGCAGGCAUCAAUGUCUAAAUCUGAAGGAAAGUCGACCAGGAGAAAGAGUUUAGUGAGACCUAGCUUAGAAACUGAGGACCUCUUGAACCUGCUUCAUGGCUCUGAUCCUGUCAAGGUCGAGCUCAAUCGUCUCGAGAAUGAAGUCAGAGACAAGGACCGCGAAUUGUGUGAAGCUCAAGCCGAGAUAAAGGCACUGAAGCUGACGGAGCGGCUGCGAGAGAAAGCCGUCGAGGAGGUUUCAGAGGAGUUACUAAAAGUUGACGCGAAACUCAAGGCGUCUACAAUCGCUCUCGAAAACAAGAAUCUUGAAGUCAAAAGGAUCAACGAUGAGAAGAAAGCGGCAUUGGUUGCUCAGUACGCAGCAGAGGCAACUUUGCGCAGAGUUCAUGCUGCCCAGAAGGAUGACGACAUGCCACCAAUUGAGGCCAUCCUAGCUCCUCUUGAGUCAGAAAUUAAAAUUGCUCGGCAAGAAAUUGGAAGAUUGCAAGAGCACAAUAGGGCGUUGGAUCGAAUGAUCAAGUCGAAGGAGGCUGCACUACUCGAGGCAGAGAGGACAGUGCAAGUCGCGGAGGCAAAGGCCUCAAUGGUUGAUGACCUACAAAAUCGCAAUCAGGAAUUACUGAAGCAGAUCGAAAUUUAUCAGGAAGAGAACAAAAUUCUGGACAAAAUGCACCGUCAAAAGGUGGCCGAGGUGGAAAAAAUGAGCACCACUGUCGCCGAAUUGGAGGAAGCCCUCCUGGCGGGGGGUGCUGCUGCCAAUGCAGUCCGCGACCACCAACGUCAAGUUCACGAACUGACGGAAGAGAAGAAAACGCUCGAACGCGAACUGGCACGUGCCAAAAUCACAGCGAAUAGAGUUGCUGUCGUUGUCGCAAAUGAGUGGAAGGAUCAGAACGAUAAGGUGAUGCCUGUCAGGCAAUGGCUAGAGGAGAGACGCUUCAUGCAGGGUGAAAUGCAACAACUUCGGGACAAGUUGACAGCUGCUGAACGCACUGCAAAGAAUGAGUCGCAGUUGAAGGAGAAACUCCAACUGCGAUUGAAGGUGCUCGAGGAUGGUCUGAGGUCACCUAGCACCAACACAGUUCGUCGCACGACAGGGACGGGUUCAGAUGAAGCCCCUCGUAGUGGAAGCAAUGGUCCAGUUCGCAGGCAGUCCACUGGGACGGGAUCCGAGGAGGCCGCAAAACUUCUCGCAAAUGGUUCUCGUCGUUUGAGAACGGGUUCAGUUUCUCAACUGAGAGCUUCGGUGUCUGGCACGUCACAGCUGUUUAAAAAUGGGCGACUGUCAUCCAAGUCCUUCGAUGCUGGUAGAUCAGUCGAUGGAGGGCCCGGAGUCACCCGUGCCAAGGCCUACACAAAUGGCUUUGAAGAGAAUCAUACUGCCAGGAAAACUACUGGUAAUGUAACUAGAACGGAGUCGGACGAUGCCGCGAAGGAAAGACCAGAACCGAAGACCGAAACAAGUGCUGUAGAUGAACCAGUUUCAGGUUUGCUGUACGAUAUGCUGCAGAAGGAGGUCAUAUCUCUGAGAAAAUCAAGUCACGAGAAGGAUCAAAGUUUGAAAGACAAGGAUGAUGCAAUUGAGAUGUUAUCAAAGAAAGUGGAUACGUUGACGAAAGCAAUGGAGGUGGAAGCGAAGAAAAUGCGCAGAGAGUUCAUAGCCAUGGAAAAGGAGGUUGCUGCUAUGCGAAUUGACAAGGAGCAGGAAACCAGGGCCAGACGUGUAAGCAUGGCCAAAGAGCGUGUACAUAACUCACACUCUUCCAAUACUCCAACCCCAAUUCCCGGAAGGGUGCAAUCUGAGAUUGGGAAAUCUCCAAUGACACGGACUUACUCAUAGUAAAUGCAGGACAAAUAUAGUAGGUGCUAGUUUAUGAGUGGUGCAUUGAUUACAGUGUAUGACACUAUUUAUCUGAUUAUAGGUAGACAUGCCAGGUUUGUUUAUAGAUUGCUCUAGAGCUGAACUGCAGCAUGCUAGUGACCCAACUUUCAUGUGGAUUAGACAAGUGGUAGAAAAUUUAAGCUUGAUGAUAUUGAUCACAGCUUCCUUAUGCGGUGAGGGAUUUUACUUAUGAGUACUACAGAAUUGGGGAUAUCAAGUAGUUCUUGAGAGUUCUAGAUACUGAUUCCCUUUGUAUUUAUGAAAUUUGAAAUGCCUUACAAUACAAGCUAUUGUUAAGGGGAAGGUCAUUGAACUUGGCUACUCUAACAAAGAUAAGUGCAGCGCCUUGAGAUUACAGGAACUCAGUGACCUGGGGUAUGUGACACCGAGGCCAGUUAUUACAGCUGAGCGUGUAGGCAAGGAGAUGCGAGUAGAGCAUUCUACCUUUCAACAGAGAUCUACCACCUGAGAAAAAGACUCCCAUUCGGUAAAGUUUCAGUCUGUAAAGUUCCAAGAGUGGAGAAGAAACUUGUGUGGAGAGAUGGAAUUAGUACACUUCUUUGUCAUACAUCUGUUCUUGACUGGUAUCAAUGAAACCUUUGGAAUUUACUUCGG